GGGAGGGCGGGGCGAGGGGUUGAAUCGCGCUGGUCAAAAUGGCGGAACGCGGCUACAGCUUCUCCCUCACCACUUUCAGGUAAGGCGCGGUGUUCCCUCAGGGGCGGCGGGGCGGGCGCAGGAGGCCCGGGGCGCUGUCCUUUAAUGAGGGGGGGGGAUUCUGGGGCCUCUGGAGGGGCUCCGUCUCGUUGCCGUUGAGACGGAGGGAGAGCCGAGGUUUUUGCGGAGUCACCGCUGGCGCUUCUCGCCUCUCGCUCGGAGAAGAAAGUGGCGCGUGUGGAAAGUGCCGCAGGUUUCUCGCGCGGAUCCCGCCUCCCCACCAGACAUGCUUGAGGGAACGCGGGUUUUCCAGCAGCCUGCCUGGUCCUGAGCCCUUUGCACCUGCCUGUUGGCGCUUGGGACCGAGUGAAGGUGUCAGGAUGGCACCCGAGGUCUCCGGAGGCGCAUACCUGGGGAUCAUUGGAUCUGGACUGUUUUCACACAUUAAUGCCACACCUUGUAGAAUUCUGUCACUUAUAUUUUAUCUGCACAGUCAGAAUGAAUUUCAGGAAACAAAAGCCUUUAUUGAUAAAUAAAACUUUCGAGCCGUCUGCCCCCCCGAAUGCCAACUAGACCUUCCAUUUUGGUGACUGUAACCCUGGUUUAAGGAGGCAUUUGGCACCUAGUUUAUAUAUCGGGAUUUCUAACACUGCUAAACCAUGCAGAGAUGAGCCUUUGGAUCCAGUAUGCAGGGUUUUAAGCCACGGAUUGACUCUCCCUCCGCAUGGCUUGGUUAAGGCAAGAGCCCAAAGCAGGCCUCAUUUCCCUUAUAACCCUAUAGAAAGUGAAACAAAUAUCUCUGAACACACGGCGUUGAGAUUUUAUGAAAAUAAUAAAUCAUAUCAUAGUGUCGCCUUGGAAGUAAGACCUAUUCAAUUGAAUGGGAUUUGGACUUAAUCCCAAAUUAGUUUCCAUAGGAUUGCAGCCUUACAAAUGCAUGUUUACUUGGAAAUAAAUGACAUUGCAUUCAGUGUGUUGAGGACUAUGAACAUGAAACAAAUGUUACACCAAAAACGAAAGUAAAACUAUUUUGGUGGGCUUUCUUUUCCCCUUUUCAGUUUUUAUUAUGAGAUUACUUUGAGCUUGUUGCCAGACCUUGACAUGAGUGCAUGAUUACAUGAAAAGUGUAGUACAAUUCUAAACACUCUUAUACUAAAGUAAGUCCCACUAAAUUGACUGGGGCUGACUCCUAUCUGUUUGUUUUUUAUUAUUACUAUAUUAAAAUGUGCCCAAUAUCAUAUUGGUGAAAAAAGGGCCAAUGAAAGGCCAUAAGUUGCUUGGCAUUUUCAGAUUUGAAAAUGUUUUCUUACCAAGGUGUCUCAUGAAUUGUUUGCUUUCUUUUAGCCCUUCUGGAAAGCUUGUUCAGAUUGAAUAUGCUUUGGCAGCUGUUGCCGCAGGAGCCCCAUCAGUUGGAAUUAAAGGUAUUCAAAUGCUUGCACGAUUAAUAAGCCCACAGAAAUGUUGCUAGUUUGUAUGUCUGUGUGUACCUACUUUGGCAUUUUGUGACCUAAAUGCAAAGAAAAAACGAGAAAGCAGACAUAGAUUAUGGGUAUUGAGGCUGAAGUCCUAGCCCCAUUUGCUUGAGAGUAAGCCUCAUAGAGUUCAACACCACCUAAUUCUGAGUAGACUUUAUUAGGAUUGUGGUGUAGUAUGAUUGCCAGAAAUUGAUCUGAAAAGAAUCAGCGUGAAAGCAGUAACCUGGCUUGACCUUAUUUUGGUCGUACCAACAGUACAAACCUAUACAUGUCUACUCAGAAAUAAGCUCCCUUGAGCUCAGAGGUUAGGGAACCUGUGACCCUCCAGAUGCUGUUGGAUUGCAACUUCCAUAAUCAUUGACCAUGCUGGCUAGGACUGGUGGGAGUUAUAGUCUAGCAGCAUGUAUUGUAUUAUUGCUAGCUGCCUUGAGCACCAUUUAGUGGAGAGGUAUGAUACAAAUUUAAUAAACAACAGUCAUACCUUGGGUUGCGAACGUGAUCUGUGCGGGAGGCACGUUCACAACCCACAGCAUUCGCAGCCUGAAGUGCAGCUUUUGCGCAUGCACGUGACAUCAUUUUGCGCAUGCGCAAGCACCAAAACCUGGAAGUAACCCGUUCCUGUACUUCCGGGUUUAGCGCUGUCCGCAACCUGAAAAUGCACAACCUGCAGCGUUUGUAACCCGAAGUAUGACUAUAUAAAAUAUUAAAUAAAGGGAUGGGGAUGGUGGGGACAUGAACCCAUCCUAGUACCCCCAGAGCUUUUAAAUUACGUUUUAGUCCCAGUGGGGUUCCAACCAUAACCCUUCCAGAGUAAGAACUACAGAGUAAGUUGUUGUGGGCCAGGGAGGAGGGGAUGAUUGUGGAAAUAUUCAUUUUCCCCUUUUGGCCAUCUAAUAAUGCACAUGUAAGUCUUGAUUCCCAUUACCACCCUAGCUUUGUAGCAAUUCAGCAUCCUGAUGUUAAAAUACAGAUAAUGCGUGGUUUGGUUUUGAAACAAAACAAACCUCUUCCUGGCCAGUUUUUGAGUUUAAGAAUUGAAUUCAAACCCAGUGCGUGCCACUUGGGGCCCUUGGGAGGAAAAGCUCUCUUGUCAAUGUUUAACCAAGCUAGAUAUAGGGAUUCUUAGUGGGGCUAUGAAACAUCUUCAAAAAGUAGAAUCUAAAUAUAUUUUCAAAACAGAAAGUAUAACUAUAAUUUUCAGAUUGCAUUUUGGGAAACCUUGGGUUCCUUACAUGUUUUCAUUGCAGGUUUCCUAAUGAAAAAAUCAGUAAGGCAAAAAAUCAUAAGGCAAGCUUCCUUAUGAUAUAGCUUCUCUGCCACUACUAAUUUUCCUCAGCAGUGCACCCCAUAGGAGAGUUCUGGGCAUAUUCUAUGGUGUGUUGUAAGGUGCAGUCAGUUUGCAUUGGGCCACUAUGAGGCCGGACAGGCCUAGCCAGGGUGCACUUCACACAAUCCUCCACAUUUGUUGUGAGGCAGAGCUGCUAAGAUUCCUCAGCAGAUAAUGUGGAAUGAGGUCUUUGAAGGUGGAAAGUUUGAAAAGCUUCUUUUCCAUUUUUUUAUUGAACUUUUUCUUUUUUUUUUUAAGUAGGCAUGUCUAGUGAUAUUGAGGUAACACAUAACCAUUAGGGGUGUUUAUUGGAUUUGGCUGUCUUGGGAGGAUUUUGAGUUUCUCCCAAAGCAAAGUGAGAUCUGCUUCAACCCAUGCAGCCUUGUACUGUACAAUGAACCCUGAAGUGAUUUGUGAUACCUCAGUAUGGGUGGAAGGGAGGAAAUGAGAGCAGCUUUGCAAACCAGAAACUUGCAUCACUAACUUGAGGGAAUGGUCAGAGGGGUUUUUUUUUGAGGAGGGGGGGGCUCUUUCACAUCCAACAACUUUAGUUUGUAAUUGGAGGGAAUUAUUUUAUUCAUAAAGAAAAUAUCAUCUGAUUAUUUCUACCCAAAAAUUAACUUUAAAGGAACUUUGGUUGGGGGAGAUAUAGUGGGAAUCACUUAACAGCUGCAGGAACAAAACUGCAUAUAUCCUUCUGAAAUUUGGCAGGAUUCAUUCCUUUAGAAGGGGCAAUGUUUCUUAAGAUUUCAUCCAGUUCUACCCAAAUAUUAGUAUGGUUUGAUGUUUGAUGUUAUUUGUUUUGUUUUUUUAAUCAAACUUGAAAGGUGUCCAUCACAGAGACCUCUGAGUUGAAUCGAGCUGCCUCCAAAUUCAUCUGAGUCGAAUUGGCCUGUUUUAUUAUGCAAUGCCAAUUUGGGGUUUGAACCAAAUCAUCUGGUGGGUAGGCAUCCUUAGUAAUAGUGCCAAAUAAUGCAUUGGAUUUAUGUGAUACGAUUAGUAAAGGAUAUACAAGUAGAUGAAUUAUUCUAGUUGCCUGCUUUAAGCAUUGUGGAUUUGAAAGAUUACGAGGAAAAUGGAAGGAAGAUAUUUUAACUACAUUGACUAAAAUAUUUGUUUUCUUUGUGCAGCUUCAAAUGGCGUGGUACUGGCAACAGAAAAAAAGCAGAAAUCCAUUCUGUAUGAUGAACGAAGUGUACACAAAGUGGAAUCCAUAACCAAACACAUAGGCUUGGUGUAUAGUGGCAUGGGUCCUGAUUACAGGUAUCUUGAAGGCAAGGAGGGAAACACUGUAAUAGACUCUUGCUAUUGGUCUUUGACUCUUGCCCCGCUAUAGGCAGCACAGCAUUGGGUCUGUGGUGCCAUUUCAACAUUCUCUGGAUGGAUGAUACAUAUCUUGACCCUCUUCAUGUGUGCAUAAUGAGAAGUGGAGACACAUGUACAAUGGGGUGCAGCUCUGGUCCUGUCCCCAAGGUUGCACAAGGCUUCACCCUGACAUGUAUGCAAGGCAGGAGUCACCAACCUUUUUGGGCCAUGGCAUAUUUUGAAUUUUGAGAGAGUUCUGUGGGUGCCAGCCACAAAGUGGCUGCUAUGGGAGGCAUGACACACACAAAAUUGGAGAGUACACCCAUGGUGAAGCUUUUCCAAUAAUUGUAUUUCCAUAUUAGGAAAAGCUUAAACUACCAUACAGCUGUUAAAGACACAACCCUUUGUUUUCCCCAGUGCCAAUGCUAAACUAAAGCCUAGUUUGCCAUUCUGUACUCACUUACCUAGAAGUAAGACCCAUUAAAGACAAAGAGACAUACUUAUGCAUAGACACGUAUACCAUUGCACUGCAGAUUAACUAUACCAUGAACUCUUAAUAAGUGCCUAGUCUUUGGUUCCUGCACAGCAGGAGUCACCCAUAUGCCUGUUUGCAAAGUUUUACAUUUGCCUUUUCAGGUUGGGGGUGGAUUUUUAAUAUCCACCCACACUUAUUAUAUAGUACUGUUUACAGAAAAUAAUUUCUAGGCAGUACCUGAUCUCAGAAAACCCAUCACAGAAAAGAUGCAUCCUGGUUACUAGGAAAAAAGGAAAAGUGAGCUACAGAGAUUUUAAAGACUAGAAAAUAAGGAGGAGGAAAAGUGUGUGAAAGGGUAGGAUAAAGCAGGACCUCCUUAGGACCCAAGAAAUUUCUGUUGCCUGUCAUCCAGACUUAUCAGUCACUUCACUGUUUGACUGAAAAAAGCAACAGGCAGGAGUAGCCAGGCUGGCUAAUUUCACAGAAAUCACUUGGGAGGGUAACUGUACAUUUUGCUUGAUAAAAUUCUCUUUAGUAGGGCUAGAGGCUUUUCUUUUCUUUUUUUAAUGAAAGUGCAAAGUCUAGGGCCCCCACCUAGUGGUCCUAAGUUAUGGCACCCAUUGGAACCGUGUUGGCAACCCCUGCUGCAAGUCUACUUGCAUAAGUUUUUUUUUGUUGCAGAUGUGUCUGUCUAAUGUGUGGCUCUUUGAGGGUGGGGCUAGCACUGUUAGGAGUGUCUGACAGCCAGCUUUGCUCAUGAUACAAAUUAAUGGGCCAGCGUUUGGUUUUUAAUCAUAUUUGGAGAAUCUUGAGCUACCACAUCCCACAAUAUUACAGAGCUGAGAGACAUUGCUCAUACGUUAUUGCAGGGAUAGGGAACAUUGGGCCUUCCAGAUGUUUUUUGUCUCCCAACUCCCAUAAGCUCCAGCUACUAUAGCCAGUGGUCAGGGAUGAUGGGAGCUGAUUGACUGGAUGAGGGCAAACAAACACAUUGAAUCAUGAUAAGACAGGCUAUGGGUGAAAGGUUCCUGGAUCCAGAUUUUGAGAGAUUGUUCUGAAUGGAGUUGUGCUUCACCUAAAGAAACAGGUCCAUAUUUUAAGGGUGUUCAUUGAAUCAUCUUCUAUACUAGAGGCCCAGGUGUCCUCUAGUGUGGUGCAUCUGUUACCAACUUUGGCUGGUAUGCUAACCACUCCCUUUCUUGGACAGAAAUGGUCUGGCCGCUGUAGCACAUUAGUAACCUCACAAUAAUAGGCAACCUUUUUUGAGUUGAUAUAUCCCAGUGCAGUAUCAAAUUCUUUCAUUAGCUGAUAGUAAAUAUUCCUUCAGUUUAAUCUUUCCCAAGUUGCUUUGGACUUUUAAGUUAUAAUGGAUGUUCUGAUUUCUUCGCUCACUCACUAUUUCUUUUCUUCUUUUUCUCAGAGUACUUGUCCACAGAGCACGCAAACUGGCCCAGCAGUACUACUUGGUUUACCAUGAACCUAUUCCAACAGCUCAGCUAGUGCAGAGAAUUGCUUCUGUAAUGCAAGAAUACACACAAUCUGGGUAUGCCUUCCCCCUGCCCCUUGUUUAUUCUAAAACAACUGAAAUUUACUAAGAGCUGUACUGUAUGCAGAAUAGACUGUACUCGUAAUGCAGCCCCCUCACACUUUUACCAUAUAUCAGUGAGAUUUUUGCCUCUCCAUCUGAGGAGCUGCAAAUCAGACUGGGUACAUACAGACAAGAGCUCAGCCUUGUCUGCAUGCCAUGGCCAGCCUCAUAAACUCUCCUCCUGUUCUUCUACAGUGGUACCUCUGGAUGCGAAUGGGAUCUGUUCCGGAGCCCCGUUUGCAUCCUGAGCAGAACACAACCUGCGUGUGCAUAGGUCACGAUUCGCUGCUUCUGCGCAUGCGCGUGAUGUCAUUUUGAGCGCCUGCAUGCGCGAGUGGCGAAACCCGGAAGUAAUCCGUUCCGUUACUUCCAGGUCGCUGCGGAACGCAACCUAAAAACGCUCAACCUGAAGCUACUUUAACCCGAGGUAUCACUGCAUUCACUUUUGAAGAGCAUUUGGUCUGAUACUUUUAAGUGUGCUGAACAGCAAUACCACACUCUCAAACUGAUUACCUAUAAGCCUGGAAGCUAUUUAUGCAAAGGAGAAUGAAGAGCAGGAAAUACAGUUACUGUUAUGCCUUAAAUGCUUUUCUGUGCUAAAGUCGUUUUUGUAUAUUUUUUUACAGUUUUCUAAGUAGGAAAAGUAGAGUUGCCAGUAAUUUCCUGGACCUGUUCUUGUACAUUGGAACAGUUGUUUGACUUGCUAAAAUUAAGCAAUGGGGUGGUCUUUCCUUCCUUGUAUUUUCUCUCCUGAAAUAUCUAUGAGUUUUGUAUUUAACUGUUUUCUUCAGUAUUGAAUAAAAAGUUUAUAGCUUUAAUGUAGCAUUUUUUAUAUUGUUUUUUGAAGUCUUGUGUUUGUUUCUGUAUGAUGUUAGCUGCUUUGGACUCCCUUUUUCAUAGGGGAAAGUGGGGUUCAAAAUAAAGAUGACGAUCUCUUCCCAUCUGUCUCAUAGCCAGCAAAAUAUUGAGCUGCUUAAUUUCUGUAUGGAAGGUUGCUGGUUAAGGCAUAGAAACAGAGCCAAGAAAACAGUUGGCAGCCAUAAAGACUCAGAAACAAAGUGUACAAACUAUUUGUACGAGGCAUGAUGUAACUCCUUUAGAAUAUAUAGAAGAGGAGUAUGCUUGUAUGUGUGUUCAUAGAUGAGUCCGUCAGUCAGCAUCCUUAAUGCUGAUCUUAUUUGUUCCCAAGAUAACCUUCUGUUAUCAUUAAUCCUUUUCAAAUGUUUUGCUUCGUAGGGGUGUACGCCCGUUUGGUGUAUCAUUGCUAAUAUGUGGGUGGAAUGAGGGACGACCAUACUUAUUCCAGUCUGAUCCAUCUGUAAGUAUUCAUAAUGGAGCUUCUUAAUAGCCUUAAAUAGAAAGCAUGGAUGUUUACUCAAAGAUCUGGAAUAUUGCCAUAUUCUUUCUGUGUAUGUUUUUUUAAUUAAUCCAGAUAAGUGGGUGGGGAAUGAUAAGCAUCUGGACUAGAAUAAGGUUACAGACUCUCAGGACAUCUUGGGUGAUCAGUUUUACAGUUGUAAGAGCAUAAAGAGAGCCUUGGUGGAUUAGGCAAAACAUCUCUCCUGUCCAGAAUCCUAUUUCCAACAUCUCUCCAAGCAGAGAUCCCUAAAUGAGGCUAAUUUUUUACUGUAUUGAUCAGUGACUAGAAGAUAAUGUGUUCUCAUAAAUUUACUCCCUGUCUUUCUCACUUUUCCAGGGUGCUUAUUUUGCGUGGAAAGCAACUGCAAUGGGGAAAAACUAUGUAAAUGGAAAGACAUUCCUUGAAAAGAGGUAAUGUUAUGAUUACAUAACUGCAAAUCAGUAAUAAAAUAUGAAGAUAGUAGAAGUUUAUAUGUACUGUAAUGAUGUGUUGUUUUCCGUGUCUAGACUGGCUCUUUCCUAGGUGUUGAAGUGCUAUAGUUUAAAAACGACUAAGAAUGCUAGAAACACCUGUGAAAAUGAGACAAAAAUGACAAUUUGCUUUCGUUAGGAGAAGCUUGUGUAGGUAUGGUGAUCCCAUUUAACAGCUUGAUGAGAAGUUACCAAUUAACCUUUCCCUAGAGUACAGCUUGGAGCAUGGAGGUUUUGAGUCCCAUCCGUAAGGGAGAGUUGGCCAUCCUUGGCUCUCGACUCUCUUCCAUCCCAGGAUCAGUAAUCACAUCAUCUUCAGCAGUGGUGAAAGCAUUGGUAGUGGCCAUAUCCUGUGGAUUCCACAGUUUCCUUCAGAGCCUCAUUUAUAAUGUGCAUGACUCAUGGCUUGUCAGCAAGAUUCUGCUGUAACUGAAACAUCCUGUAAUUCAUGGGGAUCAGGGCCAGCUCUUUGAGGCCUCAGAACAUCCACUUGGAUGCACGCUAAUUAACAUAGAAUUUGUGUACAUAGAAAUACAUAAAAAGCUCCCUUACUUUGGGGCAGAUGGGGCUCGUCAGCCUGGGAAGAUAGCCCAUCUAGGAGUAGGAAAACUGAUCCUAAACCUCCAUGCUGCCUUGCGGAAUAUCUUCAGGGGAAGAAAAGACAGUUGGAUGUUGCCUUGUACGCUGCCUUCUGGCAACUCCCGCAGCUAAGCUGAUGCCAGAUGUAUUGCUGUUUUUCUUUGGACCACAUCAGCGAGGCCGAGAGGGAGAAGGUCUUGUCGUCUGGCAGCUCAGGUCCUCCAUACACACUGCCCAGGCUUAUGCCCCGGGGAGGUCACUUCAGUGCUGCUAACGUCCAGAGGAGCACUGGUCUCCCAGGGGGGCAAUUUGAUUUGAUUUUUUUAAGGGGGACAAUUCGAGAAUGGGUUAUUAACAAUUAAUGGCCUUUUCACUUUCUUAAUAAUAAGAAUUAUAUGUCACGGGUGGGGGGCAUCAGGAUUUUGGAGAUGCUUAGGUGGGGCAUGGCCAAAAAAAAGGUUGGGAACCACUGUACUGGCUGAAAUACAACGUUCUGUUAAUAUUCAGACUUGCAAGACUCAUGCUAAGUUGGAGAAGAGAGAAUGCAAUACAGUUUCUACACUUAAGUAAACCAAUAAACCAGUUGUGUGGGUACUAUUUGAUGACAUUUCCUCAUGGUCUUCAAUGUUUAUCAUCUAAUAAGACCAAAGGUGACUAAGGCUUCUGAGGGUUUUACUUCUGGAAGGUACUGAUACCUUGUGUGUCUAAUAAACUGGUGUAACUUCUACUGUAAAUUGCAAUAUUUUGUCUAAAUCUAUUGGUUGGUAUCCUAAUACCCUUUAAGUGCGUCUAAAUAGUUUGUGUGUGCCCAAUGCGUGUUUUUUGAGUACACUCUACUGUCCUGCCAUAUCCCCAAAUGAUUUGAGAUUCCUGUGUUUAAUGGUAUUUGCAAUGCUGCAUAGGAAGUUAUUUGCAAAAUGCAGCCCUUGGCCAUGUGAAACUAAUUUUCAGUUCUGUGAAUGUUUGCUGUUGCAGCAACAGUAAAAUAUAUUUAUUAGCAAACUUCUGUUCUUUCAUAGGUACAACGAAGACUUGGAGCUUGAAGAUGCUAUUCAUACUGCUAUAUUGACACUGAAGGUAAGAAACAUCUGCAGUGUAUUUGUUAAAACUCUAGUUUGUGAAUUGCAUUUUCAUGAAGGAACCUGUCUUUCCCUCUCUCUAGGAAAGCUUUGAAGGACAAAUGACAGAAGAUAACAUAGAGGUUGGCAUCUGUAAUGAGGCAGGAUUUAGAAGACUCACUCCAACUGAGGUCAAGGAUUACCUGGCUGCAAUUGCCUAGUAUUCGUUAAGGAAGACUGCCUCGAUACAUACAAGGAUCUUUUUUCCCAGCCAUUUAAAUAUUUGGCUUCUGCACUCUCAUUUCUACUUUAUCUGCUAGAUUUUUUAAAAAAGAAAUAUUAUGGAUCCAAAUACUACUGUCCUAAUAUUGAAAAUGUGGAAUUAUUGUUCUUUAAAAUAUUAAACACUGUACAAGAAUACGCAAUAUGAAAAAAUAAACAUACCAGGAGUGGUGUGAUUUCUAGGUAAAACUUAAUAAGGCAUUUAAUUAUACUGAGUUCCUUCUGGUUUCACCACCAGCACAAAUUUUAUUCAGAAGCACACAGUUUUAAAAUAUUCAUAAAUCCUUUGGAACUACCCUCAGCUGAACUUGCAGAGCUUCUGUUAAAAGCUUUCUAAAUGUAUGUCUUGAGUGAGAUAUUAUGCAGGCCUCUAUGGGAGCAGUUAAAUCAAAGGGGCUGUGAAUCAAAUCCGAUGAUAUGCAUUCAGCAUGUAAUACUGAAAGACUUUAGUUGGCAAGCUGCUACAAGUCAGAACAGAAAGCAGUCUUGGUACCACGUGUGUUAGAGAUCUGUCUUCCACUCAUGUGGCAGAUUCACUACCUCCCUCCCUGGUGUAAGUGAGAAGGUGCAGUGUUUGCCCCCACUGUCACAGUGAUCCCAUAGGGCAAGAAAUAUAUAGGAAAUGCAACCUUUAUUGGACGAACUCAUUGAAGGACAAAGUGAGUUUUCAAGAUAUAUGAAAGCUCAUGUUCAAAGUUUUUACAGAUGGAGAAGCUGGUGGUAAAGUGGCAGGAUAACAGCAACAACAAAAAGUAAGCUGGGUGAGGACAGGAGGAGGAAGGGUGGCAGAGGUGGUCUGAGGGGGGUGUUAAGGUAACUGGUCUCACAUUGUGAUUUGUCCUUCACCCCCUGGGGGACUGCCCCAUUUGGACCAAGGAACCUUCCACUUGAGUUUACAAUUCAGCUGUAAAGCUCCAUAGGUGACUUUGGGUCAGUCAUCCUAAUUUAACCUGAAGGAUUGCUGUGGAUAACCACAUGUAUGGCUUGUUUGAGAAAAGAGUAUGCGAUGUGAUAAAUGAGUAAGACGUUGCUCCCUCAUCCAUGCACAUUGAUCAUUCAUUGACUGUAAUGUGAAGAGGCACCAUAGAGUAAUUGAGAAAAACGUUAACAUCACUGAAUGCAGUCAAACUUUUUUCUGUGCGUGUUUGUUUUUAAUUUAGCUGAGUCAUAAGCAUUUAAGAGUUCUGUUGGAUCAGACCAAAAACCUAGCCCUAUUUACUUUACAGUAUUCUGUUCCUACAAUGGCCAAUCAUAAAGGCUUGGGAAACCCACACGCAAGACAUGCACACAACACUACUCUCCCUCUUAUGUUCAGUGGGGUAUUUUCAGGCAUUCUGACUGAUACUUGAGUGUUGGGGUAACAAGUAAAGUACACACUGAUACAGUCUGACCCCUUGGGUAAAUGGUAUGUGCCACUGAAUUUCC